ACUUACGUAAAAUAUAUAAAUAUACAGGUUAUACAUGCUCCGAAUUUUAUUUUACAUUGCUGUAAUCUCGUAACCUCUAAGUAAUAUUGGAACAAUAACUUCCGUUUUUUCUUUUGUACCGCGCGCUAAUGCCACUGCACUUACUUGAACCGAGUAUUAAGGGUUAAAAGAGUAAAAGUUUUUAUUUAUUAAUGAUUUAGUCUGAAUUAUAAUGGAUGAAACUUGUAGUAUUGAUGAUUACACAAUAAAAUUAGAUGAUUUAACAGGCAAACAAUUAAGUGUUCAUCUCUUCAGCAAUGUGCAAAAUAUCGAGGAAAUUCACGAAAAACUUAUGACAAAGGAAUUGGCAUGUUGCAUCAUUAAAGCGCAAUUAGUUUUGGAUCCUUUUCAAAUUGCUGUGGCUGCAAAUAAAGCUGCUCUGAAUGAAAAGUACAAACAACUGAUUACAAGAACUUUGUACACAGAAGUUAUAUAUUGUUUAUCAACUUCGAAAAAUAUAUCACAGUCUUUGACUACGUUUGGAAUCUCUAAUGAAGUUAAAGACAUUGUGGUUGUGCAGAUUUAUGAUACUAGUGAAAAAAAAGCUCUAGAGAAGCUUAUUGACAGUGUCAAAGGUCAAAGAGUGCCCGUGUCCAAACUGCCCGAGUUUUCUAAUGUUGAUUUAAUCAAAAAGACUUACAAAAUUGACAAUGAAGAGUUAAAGGUAUCUAGCUUGUUAGAUUCUGUAGUUAGUAGAAUAAGUGAUAAAAUUUCAAAGUGAAUAUGUUUACAGCUGAUACUAAUAUAAGUUGAAAAGGUGUUUUAUCAAUA